AUGGCUUUUAACUUCAACUGGUCGCCAUUGUCAACCUCCUCCACUUCAUCCUCCGCCUUCUACGAUCAUGCGAAAUCCCUUCUCACCGCCGCGCUAAACAAGUCGGAGAAGCCCCCCAUCAUCGUCGAUGACAUCCUCGUGGACGACUUGAACCUCGGCGGAGCCGCACCGGACUUGGAGAUUCUCGAGAUUGGAGAUAUCGCAGAAGAUCGGUUCAGGGGGAUAUUUCGCAUGAGCUACGAUGGAGACGCGUGUUUGACUUUGCGGACGAAAGUUCAGGCAAAUCCGUUAAACACCUACCUUUCCACGACUCCGUCCUUCACAUCGCCCGACCCUGUUGCCGCCAGCUCGCCCCUAACCAUUCCGGUCCAGAUCACUUUGAGCCAUUUUAAGCUGUCGGGUUUCGUUAUCCUCGUCUUUUCGAAAGCCAAGGGUAUCACCUUGGUGUUCCGAAAUGACCCUCUCGAAUCCCUGAAGGUUUCGUCUACCUUCGACUCGAUCCCGUUCAUCGCCGAUUACCUGCAGAAGGAGAUUGAGAGACAGGUCCGCCGCAUCUUCCAGGAGGACCUGCCCGUCGCCGUGCAUCGGCUUUCCCUGAAGCUCUGGAACCCGGAGUAUGCUGCCUCACUGGACGACGAGGCCACGGCCCCCUCGAAACCCUUGCGCCAUACGUCGUCAUCGGACGGGGAUGAGGAGGAUGAGGAUCAAUUCGUGAAUCCACUGCUGACCCCUGCCGAGAAUUCUGACGUGCCGCCGACCAUGUUCUCGCAGAAGAACCUGCUCAAGUUGGCGUCACUAGUGGAUUCGCAGAAGACGCUGUCGCUAGAAACGCCGUCGAUCAGCGAUGUAGUGUUCAGGGCCUGGGCGUCGGGAACGAACCACAACGUCACCAUCUGGGAUCGUCCCGGUGCGCUGGAUGCCCCAACCACCCCGGCCAUCAACACCACUCGCACGUAUGACUUCUCGGAGACCGGGGAGGCGGUUGAAACACAGAGCACCAUCAGCAACGGGUCGUCUCUACGCCCCAGUCUCGUCUCAUCGCACUCUGGCAGACACGUCGCUCCGGCCGGUGCGCCGGGCCGACGAAGGAAGAAGCACAGGGUCGUAGACCUCCGGAAAAAGAAAGAGAAGGGUGAUCAGACCGAGACCCCAGAGACAUCCACCGAAACCACACCUGAAACAUCCGCCGCCUCGAGCGAAUAUUCCAUCGACUACGAUUCGGACUCGAAACCUACACUCCCCCUUCGUCCCCUGCUCCGCCCCGGCACGCCCACUGUGCCCAUCACGUUACAACGGCCUGCGUCCCCCACAGACUCGAUCGCUACCGCCGACAUCACAUAUCCCCCUCCUCCACGUGAGAAGGAGACGCUCCGCGCACGCGAGGCAUCGUGGCGCGACCGCCAAGCGCCACCAAAAUUCCGGAUGCCCGCGGGAACCCAGGGAACGAUACUGGAGCAGGCUAUAUUGAGCAAGAUCAUGGCCGAGAUACAACGGUCUCUCGAAGAGGAGCGGAUCAAGCGUGGACACACCACCAAGUGGGGGGUCGAACGCGAGCUGGAGAGUCUUUGCGCUGAGGAAUUGCCGGCUUAUAGACCACAAUAA